AUUUAUACUUCAAAAAAUUUAAAUAUUAUUAUUGUUCUACUAUUAUGGCUUCUACAACAAAAGGUCAUGAGCAAGUUCCACCAGGUGAGCCUAUGACAAUAGGGCAACAUAUGCUAGACAAAGGGGCUCAAAUGAUGCAAUCUUUGAAACCUAUCAAACAAAUGAACCAACAUGUUUGUACUUUUGCUAUGUACAGUCAUGAUAUGUCCCGUCAAAUUGAGACGCAUCAUUAUGUCACACGCGUAAAUCAAGAUUUUCUUCAGUGUGCUGUUUACGAUUCUGAUGAAUCCAACGGACGUCUUAUCGGAGUGGAGUAUAUAUUAUCUGAUCGUAUAUUUGAAAGUUUGCCUCAAGAAGAACAAAAACUUUGGCAUUCUCAUGCACACGAGAUAAAAUCAGGACUUUGGGUGAAUCCAAGAGUUCCAGAAAUGGUAAUAAGGCCUGAACUGGAGAAUCUUACCAAAACCUAUGGCAAAUUCUGGUGUACGUGGCAAACAGACAGAGGUGACAAGUUACCAAUUGGGCCUCCAUCACUAAUGAUGUCUCCACAACCAGUUGAUUUAGGGAUUGUGAAAAUAGGUUUAGUUAAGAAGAGAGAUGACAAGUACAACCUAUCGACGGACACCAUGAAAACAGUUCGAACUGAUUUAUCCGAGCCCACACGUCUCAAUCCGAUGGCUGAUUAUUGGGUGAAGCAUGGUAAAGGUUUCGCCAUUGAUGUUGAUGAUGUUGAGAUGAAGAAAAUAGCACCAUUUCCAUGAGGUUGUAUACAAGCUUUUGUAUGCUUGGUUUGCAUAGAUGUUAAAUGUCUUGCUUUUUAAAACGCAUUUACUAUAAAGGGACAUAUAUGUGUGUGUGUGUGUGUGAGUGUGAGGUUCAUAUGAAUAUAUAUGUGUAGUUGGGAUGAAACAAUUUUAGUUUUUUUAAUGAGUGGAGGUUCGACUAUUUCACUAAUAAAUAAUAUUGUAUUAAAUUUAA